AUGGAUCACGAUCAAGCGCUGCGGCGACUUCAGGUUUACGGUCGCCAUAUCGCACCCGCCUAUUCCACCCCUCCGGAGACCACCAAUAAUGAAGCUGCUUAUAAUGAUUCCCAGCUGAACCUGCAACCCUGCAGCAGCAGCAGUGGUCGCAGCGCGAACAGCGGUGCGACCGGCGUGUAUGCAUCGGCCACGGGAAAGCCGUCUAAGUACGCGUUAAUGCACGGCGAGGUGUCGAGCGCGCCCGUCGUGUGGCGGCCGGGUCGCAUUGACGGGCCUCCGCUCCAAGACGUGCUUUAUGAAACGGCUGUUGGAGAGGGCAUCGCCAAGAUCACGAUCAACCGACCCGAGAGGAGGAACGCGUUCCGGCCGGAAACGGUCAAGGAGCUGAAGCGCGCGUUCGAUGCUGCGAGGGACGAUGUGACCGUUGGAGUUAUCAUCUUCACAGGCAAGGGCGAUCUGUCGUUCUGCAGCGGGGGCGACCAGGCCGUGAGGGGCAAGCACGGAUACGUGGGGGGCGAUCAGGUGCCUCGACUGAACGUGCUGGACUUGCAGGUUCAAAUCCGGCGAACUCCCAAGCCAGUCAUUGCCAUGGUGGCAGGGUACGCCAUAGGCGGGGGACAUGUGCUGCAUCUGGUGUGCGACAUCACCAUUGCUGCUGACAACGCUGUGUUCGGCCAGACGGGGCCCAAGGUGGGCAGCUUCGACGCUGGGUAUGGCUGUUCCAUCAUGUCUCGCCUCGUGGGCCCCAAGAAGGCGAGGGAGAUCUGGUUCCUCGCCAGGCACUACACGGCCGCACAGGCUCUUGACAUGGGACUCAUCAACACCAUUGUGCCGCUGGCGAGUCUGGAGCAGGAGACAGUGAAGUGGUGCCGUGAGAUCCUAAGGAAUAGCCCCACGGCUCUGAGGGUGCUCAAGUCGGCGAUUAAUGCGGUGGACGACGGCACUGCUGGCUUGCAGGAGCUGGCUGGAAAUGCAACGCUGAUUUUCUACAACACUCCAGAAGCAGUUGAAGGCCGCGAGUCGUAUUUGAGCGGGUGUGCGCCGGAUUUUUCAAAGUUUCCACGGCUUCCAUGA